CAACCAGUGAUCCAGGUCAACAGCAUCAAUGUAACAGUAUAACUUUAAACCGUCCCCUCGCCCAUACCCGGGCGCGAACCAGGGACCCUCUGCACACAUCAACAACUGACACCCACGAAGCAUCGUUACCCAUCGCUCCACAAAAGCUGCAGCCCUUGCAGAACAAGGGGAACCACUACUUCAAGGUCUCAGAGCAAGUGACGUCACCGAUUGAAACGCUAUUUAGCGUGCACCGCUAACUAAGCUAGCCGUUUCACAUCCGUUACAUAUGUACUAUGUUAAGUCUUGUCUAUGAGACCAGGCUGCAACACAACACAUUCCGACAAAAUCCCCUCUUGCCAGAUCGUGACUAUGUUCGCAUUGCGCACAGCACAGCUGUUGUGAGCCCAAGCCCCGCCAAGUACAUGUUCUUGACCGACAAUCGGAAGCUGUGGUAGGCGUUAACUCUCUAAAAGUCCUGCAUCAUCCCCGUGACAUCCUUCACUUUUGUUUUGUGUGAACCGUUAGUUCAAGUUGUUCUCUCCUUCCUGCUCAGGGAAUGCAGCCAUUCAAACUUAACUGUCUGUUAUAUACUGGCUUUUUAUAGUGUAAGUCUCUCUCCCGUCUCUCCAAUGCUACUGGGACUACUGAAUGAUCGGCUAUUUUUAUUUUUAGUUGAACCUUUAUUUAACUACAGAACACGGUUUAUGUGAUAGACAUGGAUUUGGACCUGGGAGGGAUAUUUGUAGAGAAUAUCACCUAUAACUACGAUGGGGACUAUGUUUAUAAAGAGGAAUGCUCCCCUGAAGAUGGCGUUGGAGUGCGUUUUGGCACGGUGUUCCUCCCAAUGCUCUACUCCCUGACGAUGGUCCUGGGGCUAGUGGGUAACGUGCUGGUCCUGGUGGUUCUGGUCCAGAGGAGGCAGAGCUGGAGCGUGAUGGACACCUUCAUCCUGCACCUGGGCUUGGCCGACACCCUGCUGCUGGUCACCCUGCCCCUCUGGGCUGUUCAGGCCACUGGGGAAUGGAGCUUCGGGACCCCCCUCUGCAAGAUCACUGGAGCCAUGUUCACAAUCAACUUUUACUGUAGCAUCUUCCUGCUGGCCUGCAUCAGUCUGGACCGCUACCUGUCCGUGGUCCACGCAGUCCAGAUGUACUCUCGCAGGAAGCCCUGGAUGGUGCAGGCCAGCUGCCUGUCCGUGUGGCUCCUCUCCAUCCUCCUCUCCAUCCCAGACUGGCACUUCCUGGAGUCUGUGAGGGACACCAGACGAGACAAACAGGAGUGUGUCCACAACUACCCGUCUCUCUCCCAGUCUGGGUUUGACUGGCGUCUGGUCUCCCGCCUGCUCUACCAUACAGUGGGCUUCCUCCUCCCAUCUGCCGUGCUGCUCUUCUGCUACUCCUGCAUCCUGCUGCAGCUGCAGCACGGCUCCCAGGGCCUCCAGAAGCAGAGGGCCGUCCGGGUCAUCCUGGCCCUGGUGCUGGUCUUCUUCCUCUGCUGGACGCCCUACAACAUCACCUUAAUGGUGGACACCUUUCAGGGGAGGCCUGGGGAGCCUGUUUCUGGGUCCUGUGAGAACGGGAGGACAGCUCUGGAGAACAGUCUGGUGGUUACGUUCGCUCUAGCCUGCCUGCACGCUUGCCUCAACCCAGUGCUCCAUCUCGGACUGUGUAGAAACUUCCGGCGACGCGUGCUGGAUAUGGUGAGGUGUGUUGAGGGGGUGCAGAACGAUCCGAAACUCUCACUAUGGGAUUCAGGUGUGGUUGAAGACUCACCUGACCAAGCAGAGGAGAUGGGGACGUUGCACCCAAUGACAACCAUGGGACAGGUACAGUCCACCCAGAGCUGAUGGGUAGGAAGAGGAUCCUAAUGACUAAUAUAGUAUGUCUUCCUGCCUUGAGGGGAAGUUGUAUGGGUCAUGGGUCAGGGGACUGGUGGAUGACCGUAACGUGGGUCAUGAGAGAAAGACAUGCAUAGUAGAAAGCCCCUUAUGAGGACUGCUUUCUUUCAAUUGCACUUUAAUGGAUAACGCUCAGACUAAAUGUAUAUUUGUAUAAAGUCAGUGGGUUGUCUGAUCUUCAUGUUUUGUUUUACCUAUCAAUGUCGUCCGGCUCUGUAGAAUCUGUUGGAAAGAUUUACGCAUUAAUUUUUCAAACCUAUAUCUAUUGUAUUAUUAUUUUUACAGAGCACUUCACUGAAUGUAAUGGAUUUUAGAGUAAACAAUGUUCUCAGCAGACACAUACAUCAUACAUUUAGAUUUUUACACUCCCCUACAUAUUUAUUUGGAAUGUGAAGCUAAAACAUUUUAUUUGGCUCUAUACUCCAGCAUUUUGGAUUUGAAAUCAAAUGUUUUAUAUUAGGCGAUGGUACAGCAUUUCACCUUUUAUUUGAGGGUGUUUUCAUACGUAUCAGUUUUACUGUUUAGAAAUGAAUGCACUUUAUGUAUCUAGUCCCCCUAUUAGAAGGUGUCAUAAGUAUUUGGACCAAUUCACUUUAGUGUGUUAAAUUUAGUCAAAAGUUGAGUAUUUGGUCCCAUAAUUCUAGUACGCAAUGACUACAUCAAGCAUGUGACUCUACAAACUUGUUGGAUGCGUUUGCAGUUUGUUUUGGUUUUGUUUCAGAUUAUUUUGUGCCGAAUAUAAAUGAAUGGUAAAUAUUGUAUUUUGUCAUUUUGGAGUCACCUUUUAUUAUAAAUAAGAAUAGAAUGUGUUUUCUUCUAUAUUAAAGUGGCUACCGUGAUUACAGAUUAUCCUGAAUCAAUCGUGAUUAAUGAUGAGUAAGAAAGUUACAGAUGCACAAAGAUCAUGCCCCCAAGACAUGCUAACCUCUCGCCAUUACCAAUAACAGGGGAGCAUAGGAUUUUCUUAGGAAUAUGAUAUUUAUAUAUCUGUAACUUUCUCACUCAAUAUUAUUCACGAAUCAUUCAUAAUUAUGUGUAUGAAGAAAUCCCAACAUUUUCUCACAGAAUAUUACAGUUUUAGUAGGACUUGUAUAUGUUACUGUUCUAUUGUGUAACUAUAAUGUUAUAUUAAAUAAGUAUAUCCUGUUA